AUGACAAAUACCAAACAGUUGAAGCACCAUAGCAGAUUAAAUCAUACAGCAGCAUUACCAAGUAAUAACAAGAACAUAAGAGAAAAGAGAAACAACAAUAUCCAACCCAGCACAUGUCCGACUAAAAAUACGCAUCACAGUCAUAAGCUCCCAAUCAAAGUUCAAACAUCCAACACCCCAAAUUAUUUAUUCACACUGGGGAAUACACACACACACAACAAAAGAAGAAAAAACCAAAAAAGCCACCCAUCAACAGGUAGCCUCAGCAACAGGAAAAUGCAACUUGGUGACCGACUCCUUCAGAAAAACUACUCCCACAAAACGGGUCCGGGCCCCCGACAUUAUAAUCCAAACCGCCCAAAACAACUCCUCCACCCCCCAUAUGAAAAGGCUGUUUCAGCUUACCAUUACUACUACUUUUGCUGGUGCUUCCGGAACUACUCUUCCGGGUGGUUUGCUUCUUGUUGUCCUUGCUCCUGCCGCCUCGUGAGGAUUUGCCGCUGCUCCUCUGCUUGUACUUUCCCGACUUUUUGCUACUGUUACGUCGGGACGUGUGAGACUGAAGUAGGGAUUGGGUCAUACACGUCGGGAGCCCACGUUACGGAUAGAUUCUUGGGUGAUGUGCCCUCU